UAUUACUAUUUCGAAAAAGCACUUGAUGAAUGGUUCAAUCCUUACAGAAAAAAAAUUCUAAACAUGACUCAAGAAUCAGUUAAUGAUGAGAUUGGAGUUGAUAAGAUCAAGCGAAUUCUGACUUUUACAGCAAAGAUAGCAGGACUUGUGAAACUAAAACUAUGGAAUGCACAUAAUACCGGUAGCGAAAGGACAAGACAAGAAAAAGAGAUUAAUGGUGACACAUAA